AUGAACUCACUUCUCUCAAGCUCAACCUCUCUCUGCAACUCUCAUAUUUUGAAGCUGACAUCCAAACCCACAAAUUUCAGACUAUCAUCACUAUGCAAUACCAAUACUAACCAGUACUUAGGAAGCAAGAGCCUGAGCUUGAAAAUACGAGCCAGCAAUAAUGCAAAUGAAGUGGAUAUACAGGCAGCAAAAGAUGAUCAAGAAACUGAAACAAGUAGUCAAGUUUCCAGUUCAUCGUCUACUGCCCCCCUGCACUUGAAAAAGACCUCAAAAAGGUUGGUGGUUCAAAAGACUGCUGCUACCUUUGCACCAAGAGCUUCCACAGCUACCAAAAAUCCUGCUGUGCCAGGAACUGCCUUGUAUACUGUUUUUGAGGUUCAAGGCUAUGUCUCCAUGUUGUUAGGUGGAGCUCUUUCUUUCAAUCUCAUUUUCCCAUCAAACGAGCCUGACAUUUGGAGAUUGAUGGGAAUGUGGUCUAUCUGGAUGUUCACAAUUCCUUCCCUUCGUGCCCGGGACUGCUCAAAGAAUGAGAAAGAGGCUCUUAAUUAUCUAUUCCUUCUCAUCCCUUUGCUCAAUGUUCUAAUCCCCUUCUUCUGGAAGUCCUUUGCAUUUGUAUGGUCUGCAGAUACCAUUGCCUUCUUUGGAAUGUAUGCAUGGAAGUUGGGGUGGCUCCAGAAAACAGAAUAUGGAGAUAAUGUUGAGGCACACAGAGGCGGUGGGAUUCUGGAUUGCUUGGGACAGUGUUCUAGUGAUGCUGGAGGAAAUGAGGCGAGGUAG